ACGUUCAAAACCAUCAAAACCCAAAAAGCCACUGCACCUUUCUCUCCCACAGUUUCCAUAUUUCCAUCAUCUCUUAAACCCUUCUCUGUCUUCCUCCUUCUGCUUACACUGCAUUGUGAAUCUGUGAUCUACCAUCGCCAUGGCAACUCCUCUCACGUCUUUCAGACCCGUUUCGAUCCGUCCCAACGCCUCCGGAUCCCAGCGACCCGACCCGAAUCGCCUCAAGCCCUCCUCCUCCAGCUGGUGGACGCCGCUCUUCGGCUGGUCGUCCGACCCGGCAGAAUACAUCACCGCUGAUCCGGCGCUAAACUCCCGCAACAACGAUCUGGUUUCUGGGAGCGACCCGGCCCGACCCGGGCCCAGAUUCGGGCUGGGGUGCUUCACGGAAGAGAAGGCGAAGCAGCUCCGGAAGAAGACCCUGGAGACUUCCGGAUUCCAUGAUAUCAUGUACCACUCGGCCAUCGCGUCUCGGCUCGCCUCCGAUUUAUCGGACCAGUAGCGAAAAGAGAAGAAGAUGGUGGUGCCGGAGCGCCGGCGAUUGAUGUUCUCCGGCGAGAUUAGGAUGGCUUCUACUUACUUAGUCCUUGCCUUUGGCAAUGUAGCCACUUGGCAUAUUGAAAUUUGUCGAAAUGAAAAUCAGAAAAUAUAAUGAUUUUUUGAUUUUGUGAUUUGUAACUUGGAUCUCGGAUCUUUUCUCUCUCUCUUUUUUUUUCUUUUUUUUUUAGUUUUAUAAGUGUUUGGUUGGAUCUGGAUGGUAAUGGAAAUUAACGUUGGAUUUGAUGAUUGUAAACCU